AUGCCCUCGACUGCUCCUCUUGCCACCGCCGCCAAUGGCGGUCUCAACGCCAACGACAACAUCACUCGUUUCGAGCCUCCCAGCCGAGUGCUCUCUCCUCUCACCCACUCCCUCUUCCACAACAAGACGAGAUGCUUCGUAUACGGUAUGCAGCCCAGAGCUGUGCAAGGCAUGCUCGACUUCGACUUCAUUUGCAAGCGUAGCACGCCUUCUGUUGCUGGUAUCAUCUACACUUUUGGCGGCCAGUUCGUCAGCAAGAUGUACUGGGGUACCAGCGAGACUCUCCUUCCUGUCUACCAGGAUGUCGCCAAAGCCAUGGCCAAGCACCCUGACGUUGACACCGUCGUGAACUUCGCCUCCUCUCGUUCUGUCUACAGCUCCACCAUGGAGUUGAUGCAGUGCCCUCAGAUUAAGUCCAUCGCUAUCAUCGCCGAGGGUGUCCCCGAGAGACGUGCUCGUGAGAUCAUGGUUACUGCCAAGGAGAAGGGUAUCACCAUCAUUGGUCCUGCUACCGUUGGUGGUAUCAAGCCUGGUGCUUUCAAGAUCGGUAACACUGGUGGUAUGAUGGACAACAUUGUUGCUUCGAAGCUCUACCGCAAGGGUUCCGUCGGCUAUGUUUCCAAGUCCGGCGGUAUGUCCAACGAAUUGAACAACAUCAUUUCUCAGACCACCGAUGGUGUCCACGAGGGUAUCGCCAUUGGUGGUGACCGCUACCCCGGUACCACUUUUAUCGAUCACCUGCUGCGUUACCAGGCCGAUCCUGAUUGCAAGAUCCUCCUCUUGCUCGGUGAGGUCGGUGGUGUUGAGGAGUACCGUGUCAUUGAAGCCGUGAAGAACGGCACCAUCACCAAGCCUAUUGUCGCCUGGGCCAUCGGUACCUGCGCCAGCAUGUUCAAGACUGAGGUUCAGUUCGGUCACGCUGGUGCCUCGGCUAACUCCCAGCUUGAGACCGCUGUGUACAAGAACAAGGCCAUGAGAGAGGCCGGUAUCCACGUUCCCGACACAUUCGAGGAGCUUCCUCAGCUCCUCAAGCAGGUGUACGAUGAUCAGGUCAAGAAGGGUAUCAUCAAGCCCCAGCCCGAACCCCAGGUUCCCAAGAUCCCCAUCGACUACUCCUGGGCCCAGGAGUUGGGUCUCAUCCGUAAGCCCGCUGCCUUCAUUUCCACCAUCACCGACGACCGUGGCCAGGAGCUCCUGUACGCCGGAAUGCCCAUCUCCGACGUUUUCAGAGAGGAUAUUGGCAUUGGUGGUGUCAUGUCCCUUCUGUGGUUCCGUCGCCGUUUGCCUCGCUAUGCCAGCAAGUUUCUGGAGAUGGUUCUCAUGCUUACUGCUGACCACGGUCCGGCCGUGUCUGGUGCCAUGAACACCAUCAUCACUACCCGUGCAGGCAAGGAUCUGAUCAGCGCCCUGGUCUCUGGUCUCCUGACCAUCGGAUCUCGCUUCGGUGGUGCUCUUGACGGUGCCGCUGAGGAGUUUACCAAGGCCUUCGACAAGGGCAUGAGCCCUCGUGACUUUGUUGACACCAUGAGAAAGGAGAACAAGCUGAUCCCUGGUAUUGGCCACCGCGUCAAGUCCCGGAACAACCCUGAUCUGCGUGUCGAGUUGGUCAAGGAGUUCGUCAAGAAGCACUUCCCCAGCACCAAGCUCCUCGACUAUGCCAUCGCUGUCGAGACCGUCACCACCUCCAAGAAGGACAACCUCAUUCUGAACGUCGAUGGUUGCAUUGCUGUCUGCUUCGUUGACCUGAUGCGCAACUGCGGUGCUUUCUCGCCCGAGGAAGUUGAGGACUACAUGAAAAUGGGAGUUCUCAACGGUCUCUUCGUCCUUGGUCGCAGCAUUGGUCUUAUUGCUCACUACCUCGACCAGAAGAGACUGCGCACUGGUCUUUACAGACACCCCUGGGAUGACAUCACCUACCUGCUCCCCACCUUGCAGAAGGGUGGUGCCGAGGGUCGUGUUGAGGUUAACAUUUAA